AUUUUUCGGAUUGCCUGAUCACAACUGGUAACAAAAAUGAGAAGGUGCUCCGUGCGGAUUUAAUUACGGGAUGUCCAUUAACUUAAGUUAAUUAAUUUUCCCGAAUAGAUCCAUAUUUGCGAAAAUGUAGCUGCGCCAAUAUUCCAGAACAAAUCAAUUCGUGAAAAUAAAUCUUCACGAACUUACUAGAAACGACUAUUCGCUAAACCUCGCUAAAACUUUGCGAAACUUUGGAAAAACAAGAAUUUCUUCUUCUUCUUUUCUCUCUAGUAUUUCUCCGCAAUUUACUUGUUUGUAGUGAUAAAUAAUGAGGUUAACGAUAAGGUACCCUCAAAAUUGUAAUAUAGCGGAAAAAGUACCAAAAGUUACGCGUUGACUGUAGAAAGAAAAAUGAAAUGAGAUGAGAUGAACCAGUGAAAAAUUGAAAGGGCCUGUGGUUGAUAAAUUGAUAGGUUGAGGAGCGUCUAUGAGCUUUCAAGCUUUUGUAACCUGGUCAUGUUUGGUAACAUUUGUACAAAGUCAAAAUACUAGCGACGUGAAGUGUGACAAAUUUUUAACUUUAUCUGUUGCACCCGUUUCUGCUAUUUUUUCCAUUCAUCCAUAAUCAAAAUAUAAUUUCGCACUUCUGUGGACAGCUGAUGUGUUGGAAUUUCGAACGUUUUGUGUUUUCGAAUGUGUAUGAAAGAACGCUGAACGCUUUUUCAAUGUUUAUCAAAAUUAUUCACGUGCGAAAAACAACAUGGGUCAGCUACUAUCUGCUUGUUGUCCUGAUAGAAACAGUCCAAAAUCAUUUGUACAUGUAGUUCCACUAAAAAUAGAUGAUUAUGAAAGCGAAGAAAGAAAAAGUUCGGUUGUAUUGAAAAUGUAUCGUGAAUUGGCGAUUGGACAAGCGUCAGAAGAAAAAUUGGACGAUGACAAUUACAUGGAACUUAUAGAUGAAGAAGAUGGAUACAGUUCAGAAUUUUUACUACUCAAUGACGAAGGUAUUGAAGAUGGCUCAGUUCUAAAUGCUGCCGACAGUGAUUCUAGCAUAGAAAAUAAUGAACGGGAUACUUCCAAUAACAUUUCCACUGACAACGAAGAGAUUUAUCUUGAAGUUGUUGGAAGAGCCAUUCGCAUAGAGCCAAACUUACCCGAAGACGCAAAGAAGAUGAGUGAAAAUGAUGAAACUGUUGAAGUUGUCGAAAAGACGAUCUCUUCUUGAAAUUCAAUAUAAUAUUAUUCACAUGUAUCUAAGUCAAAUAAAUUAAAUAUAUUAACAAACAACAGA